AACGAAGCACCGCUUGAUGAAUCCUAAGCGCAUUUCGCCCGAGCAGCAUAUACAUACCUGUUUAGUUGAAUUCUGCACCUUCACUUUGCUUCACGGAGAACAUCCAAUGGAAAUUCGCUUUAUAAAUAGUGGUCCUCAUGAAGCGAACAAGUCCCGAUGUCCGCGUUAAAACCGGACGCGAUUCCUCCAGCAGCGUCCCCCGAUCUUGGCAGAGUGGAGAAUGGAGAGGCAAAAAGCGUCCCCAGCUCGUGCGACAGCAACAACCACUUUUUCGAGGAGAAAAUCAAAGAAAAAUCCCGCCCCGGGAUUAAUGGGUCCUUGGUGUUUCUUUACGCACUGUUUUUCUCGGUUUUUACCAUCGGAUGGAUCAAUUUGAACAAGUGUCCCCUGAACAGACUCAUCCCGAUCUAUCUGAUUUUUGCCGGAUUCCUGGGCAUACUUGCAAAAUUCCUGAGCAAAUUUGACCAUAAAUUGUGCUAUUGGGGCACUGCGGUGCUGGUAGCUGCAGAUGUUGGUUGGCAUGUUGUUGGCACCCUGGUGGUCUACACAGAGUAUCAGCCCAGUUACGAUGCAGUAGAUCCCAACUACUGCAAUCGCACCGCAUAUUUGGUGGCGUUUUGGACAUUGACCAUCGAAUAUACGCUGUUGCUGUUCUUCGUGCUACUCUCGGCUUGCUAUAUGAUGAUGCGACGAGAUUUUCGAACGGAAAGCGGCACUAAGUGAACUACUUUUGAAACUUUUGAUGAACGAAGUCAAAUUUCCGAAGUUUUAGCAAAAAAUAUCGGUGAUAAUUCAUAAGGAUUCUAUUGUAAUGAAAUAAACUUGGGUAUAAAAGG